UCUCAUUGGAAUGAAUCAACGAAACUCGUCUUGUUUUGAUGUUCAUCGUAUUUUUCUUGAUUCACGAGAGAAAUGUUUUGAUACUGAAAAUCCUGGAGAUGUUGAAUGAUGAACGUUGGAUGAAAGUACCAUGACAGUAUUGGGAGCUACUACUACCCAUCCAGAAGAUGGAAAUGCCAUUCUUCGUAUUCGUGAUAGUCUCGAGGUACCUUGGAGAGAGCUGAAAUACUUUCCAUAUAGUGAGGAAGGAGAUAUUAGUGCAGACAAUGAGCAUGUAUAUCUUCGAAGCUUUUUAGAAGCAGAAAAGAAGCAAUUAGUUUUAGCUAAGCGUUCCAAUGGCGCAAUUGUUCACACGCUGGCUUUUUCUCAUCAAACCAACGUUGGUCGUGUUCUAUUGCAUCCUGAUGAUAAACGACUUCAAGCCGUUUGUUUUACAUUUGCCCGAAAGGAAUGGAAUUUUUUUGAUGAAUCCAUGAAAGAAGACUUUCUUUUUAUAGAACAAAAGUUUGGUGACGUUGAUUUGGACUUUACAAGUCGUGACCAUGCAGACUCUAUAUGGGUUUUACCGGUAAUUCGUGACAAUAAUUCUGUUCAAUAUAUUAUGUUUGAUAGAAGAUCAAGAACUACAGCACAUUUAUUCCAUGAACGUCUCGAACUUGAUGAAUAUAUAUUGAGUAAGAUGGAACCUGUCUAUGGAACUGCACCAUUUCCUCUUGUUCUAUUUGUACAUGGUGGUCCUUGGGCAAGAGACUAUUGGGGUUUCAAUCCCAUGUCACAAUGGUUUAGCAAUAGAGGAUAUGCUUGUCUUCAAGUCAACUAUUGUGGUUCUGCAGGUUUCGGUAAAAGUUAUUUGAACAAUGGGCCAUUGGCAACAUGCAGAAUGAUUGAACGGAGAAAAGAGUCAAUGCUGUACAAGUUUGGUAAUGAAAUAUCGCGGAUCAAAUUCCAACGAGAUUUUAGUUCCAUUUGUUCAAGUUUAGUUUUCAUAUCCAAGCUUCUCUUUGAAUAUCUUUCGAGCUCUGAAUUGUUUCUGUUGUAACAGUGCAACGGUUCCUCGCAGACCUUUAGCCCCACUUAGCCUUUAGUAUCUUCUUUUAUUGUCCAGCACGCCAAACCUUUGUUACCCAUAUAAGAACUCUCGUUACUGAAACUCUGGAAUUCUUCUGGAAUUCCAUGGAAAUUCUCUAUGGAGGAGAGAGUCAAGGAAAAGGACUCCAAGCUUUCUUUGAGUUUUAGUAUUUGACCCACUUGGCUGUCUCAUAAGUCGGCGAACUUUUAUAGAGUCUUAUUUCAGUAUUCUUUAACUUUCAUAGCUGCUUUGCGGAAAGUCUCUUUCUGUAGUUGAUGGUUAAGAAUCAGCUCUUGGUCUAAGAUUUUCAAGGUAAUUUGUAGGAAUCUAACUGAGUUAUGAGUCGGGUCUUAUGUUAAUUGCUUUCGCUGCACUCUUCAUACGUUAGUUUUUUUCUAUUGAGAGAAUCUCGUCAAAGAGACGAACUAUAAAGCUAUUUCCAGUUUUGGUAAAACCGAUUCACAUUUCCGGAAUAGCACAUCAUUGCAUAUUUACCACAACCCCUUUAUUAGUGUUAAUGUGGGUUUUCCUAA